AUGGACAAGGAAACCUAUAUCGCAGAAGGAAUGCGGCAGCUCGGUUGCCAAACAUUCUACAGGCCCCUAGAAAAUGAUCCCACCAAUGACAUCAGCACCAAGAUCACAAAAACCUUAAAAAGAUUGAAGUUUCCUUCAGAAAACCUGCAGAAUUUCCGUGAAUUGCCGCAAGUCUUUUCACCUCUAUCGAGUCGUUCGACCGAGUGCCCAGCCACAAGGGUUUGCGAGGGCCAAGUGCUGUCAGUGCCAUCAGGGGUCCCUGUAGUUCGCCCAGAACGUACAAGUCUACACAAAACCGCGCUGGACUGUAGCGACAACACCUGGAACGCUGUACCAGAACCGUCGAUUUCGAAAGAGGAUGUACCUGUUGUGGGCAAGUGUGACCACUUGAAGUUUAAACUCCCGACCUUUGGCCCUUGGGAAGCAGUGCUCAACCGGAAGGCACCAAUUGGCGGCGACGUUCGUCGUGCCAUCGUGGAUAUCCUCUUUCAAGAAUGCAUGAAAUUGGCGUUGUACCCUUCACACCGUCUGUAUCGGCGUUCUGCAGAGCUGCUUGUAUUUAAGUUUCCGCACAUGAGAGAUAACUUCAGCGUGAAUGGGAAGAUGGGUGGACAUUGCUCUUGGGUGGAGGCACUGAAGUGCAAAUUUAAAACCAUGAGGAAGAAAUUGGAUGACAACCCUGCAGUGCUAGCGAUGCGUGACAAACAUGGCAAAAAGCGAGUGAAACCACCCGAGGAAGCAUGCCCCAAUGCAACGAAACGGGUCUCCCGUCUCCAUGGUCAUGAGCAUUUGAUCGUCCUUGGAGAGACAGAGCAGUCAUUGUAGAACCAUAGGCAGUGGCUCAUUUGCCAUUCAGAGGAAGAGGAAAGCCAAGUCACAAAGGAGAGGUUUCUUCUUACAGCAAAGGAGCGGCAUGAAAAAAUGAUGACUGUGACCCUGGCAGCUGCGUUGUCAGAAUUCCCAUUCCUUGCGACAGAAUCAGCUGUAUGCUAUAGAUUUUGACCAUGUGUGUCAGUGCUCAUUUGCUAUAGGUUAGAUGCGUGUUCC